AUGUCCCUUUGUUACGGCGCUGACCGAAGUAUUGACGACUACUGUCGAAAGGACGGCUACAUUCCCGGCACAGAUCCGCACGAUUACUACAAAUGUGAAUACGUGGCCGACCAGUGCUGGAACAGACAUCUCGAACACUGUCCCGAUGGCGGCACUUGGGAUCAUUUACUUAUAAGCAAGCCUAAACCGACGCCCGCGCCCACACCAAAACCCACGCCCGCGCCGACAACCAAACCGACACCACCGCCGACUCCUAAGCCUACACCAGCGCCAACACCGGCGCCCACAACCGAAGACCCGGUGCAAUACUACUGCUCCCGAGACGGCUAUAUGCCUGACUUCGAAGAUCACCAUAAGUUCUAUCAGUGCGAAAACAUUGGACCCAAUAAGUGGAGACUGACUUUGCAAACCUGUCCCUCAGGUUAUACUUGGGUUCAGGAGCACAAGAAGUGUGACGGACCCCCCGAUGCCCUCUAAAAACCGCAACCGAUUUAAUAAAACAAUUUUUGUGUAAUAAUUAAUUUUGUUAUUAAAUACUA